GAGCUAGAUGGAGGAGGGAGGGAAAAAAAUGAAAUAGUAAGAGCAAGGAAUGGUAGGUGACAUUGGAUGUUGACUAUUACCCAGAAUUAGUUUUUGAAAUGGUGAGAGGAAAAGUUACUCCACUUUUCUUAGAGAUAGCUUGUAGAAAUUCCAUUCUACUUUUCCUUCCUGGCUUGUUACCUUCUAAAGCAUCUUUGUGGUUCUGCACAAAUUCCAAGGUACCUUCUGCCUCUGUACUAAGUUCUAUAGCAGAAGUAGCAUGGAGGUCUGCAGGAGAAGUAAGCCCGCCUCUUGUGCAGAGCUCUUCCCUCUACUCCCUUACCACUGCUACAAUGAACUUUGUGACCUUGAGCAAGUCACUUCAUCUUUUAGGACCACACAACUCAAGGUUUGAUUCAGUUGACUUUUAAGGGCACGUUACAGUGGAAGGAACAGAUUUCAAAUUUUUAGUAACUUUGCAUAGCCAUAUUGGUACUACCUUAAAUCCUAGGAAUAUCUGCAUCCUUCUUCCUGGCUACCUAGAGGUCUCCACCACUACAGAAACAAAAGAGGGCUUGACCUUCACUGAAAUGACUGGAGGGUUUUGGUCAGCAGAUAAUAGUUUAUUAAUUGAAUGUGUAUGUGCAUGCCCCCUGCUUGGAAGUAAGGUGAGUAGAAUUAGGGCUAGUCAGCAAGAUGUGAAGGGAUUUUUCCUAACUCUGCUGGUCUUCUCUAUUUAGAACCUGGGUCUUCCCUUUCCCCAUGCUCUCCUAGCACCUUAUACAUGACGUGGCAGUUGUCCUGUGUUGCUUAUGGGUGAGUGGCCAGCGCUGGGUGGUGAGCAACUUGAAAGCAAGGUUUGGAUCUGACUCAUAGGAGGAACUCAAUAAAUGUUUCUUGAAUGAACCUGCAUAAUAUUGACUAUUUCAUCAUAUCCUUAUUAAUUACAGCAUUAGUCCUGAAUUUCAGGGCUAGCAUCUUGUAAUAUGGCUUGUAAGCUAGGCCUGUAAGCUUUUCUUCUGGUUGUUGGGGCCACUUUUUUUGUCUUUCAGUUACACUUAUCCGUCUGCUACCCAAUGGUGAAACCAAGGCAUACUUUAAAAAUGCAAUUUCUAAAUGAUUUUUAAGUAAAACUCUUCUUUCAGCAAGGCCAAAUAAUAUCCAAAAGGUUUUAAUCAGUUUUUAAAAAUCAUUGUAUAAGCUGCAGUUUUCAGGCCUUUGUAGCAGAUAGGUGACCCUCAGAACAAUUUUUUAGACUCUCAAUUUCUUCCUAGGAGACUAUCUCAUACAACAUAAUACUGUACCACUUUUAGUUGAACUUCUUUUAGAAAUAUGCAUUUGGGCAGAUAAAAUUAUGGGGGUGAGAAAAUGGGCCAACCUAUAGGACUCACGAUAUAUGCAAACAAUAGUCUGUAAGCGUAGACAUUGUUCCUUCAAUUCUAAGGGUUCAUGUCUGUUUUUGGCCUGGGGUUUACAUAGUGAUUCUGCUGAGAUGCACGGAUAAACUGCUUGCCCCACGCCACAAUUAAAAAACAAAAAGAGUACCUAUUUGGUUUAAGUUUGGAAACAGAAGGUUUUUUUCCCAAGUUAACUUUCUUAUCUGUCUUUUAUCCUUCAAUUAUGUCUGUGCCUCUGCUAACACCUAGAUUUAUUAUUGGUGCCUUUUCCACCAUUGCAGAUUCAUUAGAAUAGUAACAAAUAUUAGGUUGUUUUGUUUUGAUUCUUUUUUUUUUUUGAGACAGAGUUUCGCUCAGGUCACCCAGGCUGGAGUGCAGUGGCACAAUCUUGGCUCACUGAAACCUCUGCCUCCUGGGUUCAAGUGAUUCUCCUGCCUCAGCCUCUUGAAUAGCUGGGACUACAGGUGCACGCCACCAUGCCUGGCUAAUUUUUGUAUUUUUAGUAGAGACGGGGUUUCACCAUGUUGGCCAGGCUGGUCUCGAUUUCUUGACCUCGUGAUCCGCCCGCCUCGGCCUCCCAAAGUGCUGGGACUACAGGCAUGAGCCACCGCGCCUGGCCCUUUUGUUUUGAUUCUUAAUCACCAGUUAGACUUGGGGUCUUUUCGUUGCUGUAUGGAUUGCGCAGCAGCCUGAAAACUUCUGUUCUUCCUUUCGUUUCUACACGUUUGGUCUCUCUGGCAGACUGAGACUCAGCCUGUCUUUUCAGAGAACCAGGGGAAAUUAUCAAGCAGGCAAAAUCUACCUGCUCUUCUGCUUUACCUUUUAAAACUAUGUGCUGCAGCUGAAAUCAGUUUUGAUUUAAUUUGAUCAAAAAUAAGUGUCUCAUUCAAAGAAGGUAUGCGUAAGAAUUGGGGGUAUGGGGGAUUUAGAGUCACCUUCUUUGUAGAAUUUUGGUUUGACCUUCAAACAGGACAACUUGUGUUCUAAGUUAUUCCUGCAUAUAGCAUCUACGUGGGGUCCAGAAUUUGUCAUGGCCUAGAAGGGGGCUUCCAUGGUCCCACUGAUGGAAAAAAGUGAUAAUACUAACAGCUCACAUUUUCUGAGUGUGAGACACUUUUAAAUGCUUUGCAUGUUAUCAUCUCUUUCAGUUUUCACAAUGACCUUCUGAGGCUCUUCUAAUUAUUGUUUCCAUUUAAAAGAUGAGGCUACUGAGUCCCCCGAGAGUUUUGAUGAUUUGUCACAGUUAAUGAAUGGUGGAACAGGGAUUCAAACCUGGACAUUAUUGCUCCUGAGGCUGUGUGACUACGACUCUGAUGACCUCUCGAUGUUGGUCCUAGGAGGAGACCAAUGGAUUUAGGUCUUCGGAAGACUACCUAUGCUAGUGGAGCGUGAUGGAAGGGAAAUCUUGAAGCUUCACACCUAGUUGUUACUUGUUCCAUUUACUCCCUGCCUGGGUCUCUCCACUCUGCCCUGACCUCAAGGACAGGGAGACGCUUCUGGCUUGCUGGGGUGUUAACUCUUUCUCUUGCCCUGCAUGUGGCCCACUAGCGAUGGUUGUUGUGAAGAUAUACUGUCUACUUUAUUUGUUUCCCUCCCAAAUUGCCACAGUCAAAGUCUUCUCUGGGCUUGAGCACACAUCUAGAGGACCACAGCAGCUGUCUUUGUGUGGGGAUAGCCUGCGUGGGUGCACCCUUUUUUGACACACAGAGUGCUUUCCAAGAGCUCCAAGUCCUUGGUGUUAGAAGGAUACUCCUGCUGCAAAGAUCCCAUUGCCUAUGGGGAGCUCUGAGCUGACAUUCCCUAACAGAACACAAGUAGUGAUCAGAGCUUGGGGCUCCUUAAAGGCAGGGGUGCUGCUGGGUCUGAAAUAGUACUUUGGAUAUUGCAGGUCCUCCAUACAUAUCCAUGGACUUAGUUGAUUUUUAGCCCUGCAGGUUGUUCCUCAGCACAUGGUUCUUCUCUGAGCUCCAUACUGCCCUCAUCUUCGCUCAUCUGUGACUGUAUCUAAACUCUUCUCGAACCUAUGAGUAUUUUUGGCUUCUGCACCUCCUGAGGUGUGAUGAGUUCUCUGUUUUUAUGAAGAAGAGAUCUUACCUUGUAUUGUUCUAAAGCACCGUCUUAAUUGAAGGUAGGAGGAGGAGUUUGGAGCAAACCAGAGAGGAAUAUGGACAAAUGAGGGGCAAAAGAGAGCCAGGGCACAGCAGAAGGGGCCUCACCAGGGAGAAGAGGAGCUGCCUGUUCUGUCACUUAGCUCUCCAUGAUGUGCUGGGAUGCUGUCUUUGAGGUACCGGACGAAGGCAAUUUAGUGAGGUCACAUUAAAGUGGCUCUAAGAUUUGAUGUCACAAUAGGUCACUUUGACCUUCUAUUUAUGAUCAGCUCUUGAUGUACACAUAAAAUUUUGUGAAGUAAGUAAAAUAUAUAUGGAGGUUUGGCUUGCGUUCUGGUGAAUAAGGUCCAGGAGGUUAAAUCUCUGUGCUUUUAGUACAGCUACUUGAUAUCUGGGCCUCAUUUCCCCACCUGUAAAGCAGGGGUAACAGUAGUUCCUUCCUCAUAGUGUUGAUGUGAGGACUGAGAGAUACAGCUCUUGUAGAAUUUUCAGUAAAGUUCUGGAUCCACAGUGAGCCUUCUAUAAAUAUCAGCUGUUAUUAUUAGCAAACCACCAAGAUGCCCACUAUUGUGCCUCAUGACGGCAGGCUCAGUGGGAAGCCAACAUGUUUUCUCCAAAAAAGUAGAGCAUGACUCUAGGUUUGUGAUGUUUGUUAGAUGGAAGAGUCGAGCUUUUGCUGGCUCUUUGUACUUCUCGUGUGGAAGGUGCUUAGCAUGUUUAGGCCCCAUUGCAGUGACUAUCAAUGUGAGUCCAAAUUCCCUCCACACUUUCUAUCUGUCACUCCUUUUGGACAUACCAUAUACUGUCUCCCAUCAUUUAUCACUGACUGGCCACAUGGCACCGCUUAGGAACCAGAUGCUGGGCUAAACAUUGAAGUGACAACCAUCUGGUUUACUGCCCCUCCCCUGCAAGAACCUGAGGGCUCCAUGGAUGGAGGAUGAAGGUACAAAACACAGGGCAUGAGCAGGGAAUCAUGAGUGUUUUGGUGCUGUUGAAACAGAAAGCUCAGGACGUAAAGUGGUGGAAGAAGGGGCUGGUGAGAGAGGCAAGGCAUUAGGACGUGGAGGGCCUUAUCUGCCACGCUCAGAAGCAUAAGCCCUAUGACAUAGGAGAAGAGAAACCAUCAAAGGAUUAUAAACGAGGGUGUGAUGUCAUCAUGACCAUACGAAAGACAGGUUUGAGACCAAGACUGGAUGGAGGGAGGUCGGUGAAGAUGUUACAGAAUACUCAGCAGAAGAUGUUGAAGGGCUUCAAGUAGCUACAAGAGACUGUGAAAAGGAAGUUGGAAGGAGCUCGAUCACCACUUAAUGGAGACCAGCAGAAUGGUGCUUGUGAUGGGAAUUUUUCUCCGACUAGCAAACGAAUUCGAAAGGACAUUUCUGCGGGGAUGGAAGCCAUCAACAAUUUGCCCAAUAACAUGCCACUGCCUUCAGCUUCUCCUCUUCACCAACUUGACCUGAAACCUUCUUUGCCCUUGCAGAACAGUGGAACUCACACUCCUGGGCUUCUAGAAGAUCUAAGUAAGAAUGGUAGGCUCCCUGAGAUUAAACUUCCUGUCAACGGUUGCAGUGACCUGGAGGAUAGCUUCACCAUCUUGCAGAGCAAAGACCUCAAACAAGAACCUCUCGAUGACCCUACUUGCAUAGACACAUCAGAAACAUCUCUUUCAAAUCAGAACAAGCUGUUCUCAGACAUUAAUCUGAAUGAUCAGGAGUGGCAAGAAUUAAUAGAUGAAUUGGCCAACACGGUUCCUGAGGAUGACAUACAGGACCUGUUCAACGAAGACUUUGAAGAGAAGAAGGAGCCAGAAUUCUCGCAGCCAGCAACUGAGACCCCUCUCUCCCAGGAGAGUGCGAGCGUGAAGAGCGACCCCUCUCACUCUCCCUUCGCACAUGUCUCCAUGGGAUCUCCCCAGGCGAGGCCUUCUUCUUCUGGUCCUCCCUUUUCUACUGUCUCCACGGCCACUAGUUUACCUUCUGUUGCCAGCACUCCCGCAGCUCCAAACCCUGCAAGCUCACCAGCAAACUGUGCUGUCCAGUCCCCUCAAACUCCAAACCAAGCCCACACUCCAGGCCAAGCUCCACCUCGGCCUGGAAAUGGUUAUCUCUUGAAUCCGGCAGCAGUGACAGUGGCCGGUUCAGCGUCAGGGCCUGUGGCUGUGCCCAGCUCUGACAUGUCUCCAGCAGAACAGCUCAAACAGAUGGCUGCACAGCAGCAACAAAGGGCCAAACUCAUGCAGCAGAAGCAGCAACAGCAACAGCAGCAGCAGCAGCAGCAACAGCAGCAGCAGCAGCAGCAACAACACUCAAAUCAGACUUCAAAUUGGUCUCCCUUAGGACCUCCCUCUAGUCCAUAUGGAGCAGCUUUUACUGCAGAAAAACCAAAUAGCCCAAUGAUGUACCCCCAAGCCUUUAACAACCAAAACCCUAUAGUGCCUCCAAUGGCAAACAACCUGCAGAAGACAACAAUGAAUAACUACCUCCCUCAGAAUCACAUGAAUAUGAUCAAUCAGCAGCCAAAUAACUUGGGUACAAACUCCUUAAACAAACAGCACAAUAUUCUUACUUAUGGCAACACUAAACCCCUGACCCACUUCAAUGCAGACCUGAGUCAGAGGAUGACACCACCGGUGGCCAACCCCAACAAAAACCCCUUGAUGCCAUAUAUCCAGCAGCAGCAGCAGCAGCAGCAACAGCAACAGCAGCAGCAGCAGCAGCAGCAGCAGCCACCACCUCCACAGCUCCAGGCCCCCAGGGCACACCUGAGCGAAGACCAGAAACGCAUGCUUCUCAUGAAGCAGAAAGGAGUGAUGAAUCAGCCCAUGGCUUACGCUGCACUUCCAUCCCACGGUCAGGAGCAGCAUCCAGUUGGACUUCCCCGAACCACAGGCCCCAUGCAGUCCUCCGUGCCCCCAGGCUCAGGUGGCAUGGUCUCAGGAGCCAGUCCCGCAGGCCCCGGCUUCCUGGGCAGCCAGCCCCAAGCAGCCAUCAUGAAGCAGAUGCUCAUUGAUCAGCGGGCCCAGUUGAUAGAGCAGCAGAAGCAACAGUUCCUGCGGGAGCAAAGGCAGCAGCAGCAGCAGCAGCAGCAGAUUUUGGCGGAACAGCAGUUGCAGCAAUCACAUCUACCCCGGCAGCACCUCCAGCCACAGCGGAAUCCAUACCCAGUGCAGCAGGUCAAUCAGUUUCAAGGUUCUCCCCAGGAUAUAGCAGCCGUAAGAAGCCAAGCAGCCCUCCAGAGCAUGCGAACGUCACGGCUGAUGGCACAGAACGCAGGCAUGAUGGGAAUAGGACCCUCCCAGAACCCUGGGACGAUGGCCACCGCAGCUGCGCAGUCGGAGAUGGGACUGGCCCCUUAUAGCACCACGCCUACCAGCCAACCAGGAAUGUACAAUAUGAGCACAGGCAUGACCCAAAUGUUGCAGCAUCCAAACCAAAGUGGCAUGAGCAUCACACAUAACCAAGCCCAGGGACCGAGGCAACCUGCCUCUGGGCAGGGGGUUGGAAUGGUGAGUGGCUUUGGUCAGAGCAUGCUGGUGAACUCAGCCAUUACCCAGCAACAUCCACAGAUGAAAGGGCCAGUAGGCCAGGCCUUGCCUAGGCCCCAAGCCCCUCCAAGGCUGCAGAGCCUUAUGGGAACAGUCCAGCAAGGAGCACAAAGCUGGCAACAGAGGAGCUUGCAGGGCAUGCCUGGGAGGACUAGUGGAGAAUUGGGACCAUUCAACAAUGGCGCCAGCUACCCUCUUCAAGCUGGGCAGCCGAGACUGACCAAGCAGCACUUCCCACAGGGACUGAGCCAGUCAGUCGUGGAUGCUAACACGGGCACAGUGAGGACCCUCAACCCAGCUGCCAUGGGUCGGCAGAUGAUGCCAUCGCUCCCGGGGCAGCAAGGCACCAGCCAGGCGAGGCCAAUGGUCAUGUCUGGCCUGAGCCAGGGAGUCCCGGGCAUGCCAGCGUUCAGCCAGCCCCCAGCACAGCAGCAGAUACCCAGUGGCAGCUUUGCUCCAAGCAGCCAGAGCCAAGCCUAUGAGCGGAAUGCCCCUCAGGACGUGUCAUACAAUUACAGUGGCGACGGAGCUGGGGGUUCCUUCCCUGGCCUCCCGGACGGUGCAGACCUUGUGGACUCCAUCAUCAAAGGCGGGCCAGGGGACGAGUGGAUGCAGGAGCUUGAUGAAUUGUUUGGUAACCCCUAAUCAAGAGAGGCCCCAAGAUCCACAACUCGAGUGGUUAAAGCUUAAAAAGUGAAAAAGAAACAGGAUGUUGACCCAUCCUUGUUUUUUGUUUUUUUGACCCACGUAAACUGAGCAAAACUGCAGCUGGCUGACAAUGGAAGAUCCAGGUGCCAAUCCACAGCCCCACCAGGCCUCAUUUCACCUGAUUUUCACACAGCAAUCGAGAUGAGAUGCCAUGCAGAUCCCGGCUGCGAGAGAGGGAGACACCCGGAGGAGCAGGUGGGAAGAUGAAGCCGGCCAGAGCCCCUCUGCCCAGCAUGCCCUGUGAUCGCCUGGCCCAGCAGGAGCUGCUUCAGCCGAGAGGGACUAUUACCCAAGAGAGGUAUCCUCAGCCCCUCCUGCCCCAGGUCGGGAGACAGCAGUUUUGGAGACACAAAAGAGACAGAGCCUCAGCCAGGGAGAGUGAGUCCCCCAGAGGAGGCUGGGUGGUUGCACAGGCCAGGUGCACAGGUUGGAAAUGCACUGAACUCUGGGUGCCGAGAGAUGUAAGGCUUUGAGACAUGCUACUGAAUUUGGAGGGCAGGCACGAAGAACAGUGAGAUUGUCAAAAGGAGACAACGACAGAUCCUACAGGACUGUCUGUCUCCUGCCCCAUGAUGACCCUCAGGAAUUGCAAAGGCUCUGCUGUCACAAGGAGAGCAGGCUGAGUUUGGAGCAGGGUCCAUCCGGCAGUCCUGGGACGGCUUCCCUCUGCUGGUGCUCCUGGUGGCAGUCCCUCCAGGUGGGGCUGGAGCCUGCUGGCGCCCAAUACAAAACCCAUACAUCCAGGUGGGUCACAUCUACUUCUGGCGGCCGCAGGGCAGGGAAACCCCUACUGGACCCUGUGUGUCUGCCAGCCUGGAGCCUUUGUCUCCAGCCCUGCCUUUAUUCCUCCUUGCCUCCACACCAGCCUCCCCUUGCUUCUCCUUACAGACUAUCCAAGAAGUGAAGCUUAUGUCUUUAGGGAGCCUUGGGCAGAGUCCACAUAAAUGCAGGAAGAACUUAGACAAUGCCUGAAAUGCAAAGGCGACACUGGAGUCUUCUUUCUCUAACGUGUAGAGUUGAAUGAAUAUCUGCCUGGAACCAAGAGGGCUGCUCUGAUGUUUGGGAGUCGGUUUUUUGUGAGCCACAUCUGAUAUUUCUGAUAUCCCCAGGAAGGAGUGGCCUGGAGGUCACUGGUUCAGGCUCCCUUUGGGCGAAAUCCUGGGAGUGAUGCUCUAAAAUCCACCUUUCCCAUCAUCCCUACUCAUCAGAAAGACAAAUAUAAAAUCCCAGAGAGGCGGAGGAGCUAAAAAAGCAAUUGCUCCACCUUACAAAUUUGGAUAGAAAGGAGAUGUAGUUUAUUUCAUAUGGGCAAAGUAGUCCUCUUCCAAAGUCCUGUACAGUUGUUCUCUGUCAUUGACGCACAUCUGCCCUAAGCGAAAUCUGUCAGAAGGAAUCAACAAGGCUCCUUGCCUCCCCUCCCAAUCCCCCUUUUGGAGGACUUGUGGCUUCAGUGUCGUCCUAAGUGAGAGUGGCGCGUGCUUUUUUCCUGUCCCCUCCUCCCUCCGUGUCCUAGAUGCUGGCUGCCUUCUGUGCACUCCCAGGCAGAUCACUACGGAAGAGUCGGAGCCUGUGGGGUUGGACUGGCCACACUCAGUCCUGAGAAGGCGAGUUGCCAUGGAAAGCUGGGGGCAGAGGUGUUUGGAGAGGAGGCGGCAGGCAAACGUUGCCUUUGACUUGCUCUCCGCGUACCCGGGGUUGUAGAGCUGCUCAGGAAGGGGCAGGAUGUAAGGCCAGAGGUGCCUGGUGGGUGAGAAGCCCAGGCAGGGGCUGGGCGCCCUCUCCGAAGAGGUGGCAGCAGGGUGACCCUGAACUCCCCAAAUGGGGAGUGAUGCCACUGGGGAAACUGAGUGGAUCAAAGAGAUGAAACCAAAAAAAAGCAAACAAAUGAGAAGACACAAAACAUAAUUACCUUUUCCUGAAAGGUACAGGAAAUAAAUAUAUAAGCAAUGAUGAGAAACUGGAGGUGGCUAAUGGAAGUGAGACAGGGGUGGGGGGGCUCCAUUAUCUUUUAAAAGCUUCCUCCAAAUGCUCAGUACUGGGACCAACUAAUAGGUAGAUUUUAAUACGGUGGUUUUGUUUUGGUUUUGUUUUUACUACGGUGCUGAUGUAUAUGUAAUGUCUAAAAAAGUUAUUUGUACAUAAGUUUUUACAAUACUGCAGAUAUCACUGGGUCUACUAUCUGUAAAAAAUAUACAUAUAAAUAUAUAUAUACUGUUUGUUUAAAAUAGAGUAUUUUUAUUUCAUUCCUUAACUCAUCAUCACAGCAGUGGUAUUGCACUUCAGAUGACAUCUAAUUACUAAUUUGUACUGUAUGACCUCUGGCAACUUGCUCCAUUUUAUUCAGAUUUUUCUAGUUUUCUGUUUUUACUUUGUACAUUGAGCAUUGCUUAUUUCCUUUUAAGAAAUGUACAGAACGCUGAAAUGUAGAAAUGAAGUGAUGUUGACAUACCACUUUUAAAGAAAACAAAAACAAAAAUAAAAGAUUAUCUGAAUCAA